GCGAGAGGUUCGGAAUAAUAGCCACCGUGGGUCCCUAGAGAUGAAUCGCUGCUUGAGCACAGUGUGGCCAGGAGGCCGAUGGCCGCUGUUGUGGUUCUGUUUGUGGUUAGUGUCACAGGUACAAGCGGAAGGUCCCUACCGUCCACCGGAUAUCUUUUUGUACGAUGAUUUCGAGAGCUGCAUCGCACGUUCCAACGCAUCCGUUUACUGUUACGCUAAGACCGUGCUUCCGGUGGAUCAGUUUCCGGCAGGAUACGUUGCUCCUAAUACAGAAAGUACCGAUCGGAUCGUUUACAAUCAUCGGCGACAUGUGCUCGAGUUGGGCGUCUGUACGGCGCAGUGUUUCGAUGAGGUGGAGCGGUUGAGUGCACUGGAACGCAGUGCCCUUGAUCUUCCCGCCAUUCCUGUUAACUUUACGUUCCUUAUCCCCAGCAAGGUGUUUCCCACGAUGGUGGCCGAUAACAGGCGCUACAGUUCGCUGGUAAACGUUUGCAUUAACAAACGAUUGCGUGACGGGUACAACAUCACCGGACACACGAUUCUGGAGUACUGCCGGCCACCUAUCAGCCACCCCUCGCCACCAUUCACAUUCUUGGAGCUCGCUUUCAUUGCGAUUACGGCAGUCUUGGUGGGUGCGUUGCUCAUCGCGACUUUCAUCGAUUUCUGGUCGUCGAAUGAUUAUGCGCCCCACGAUGCCUGGGUGAUGGCGUUUUCGAUUCGCCAAAACUGGAACCGGCUGCUGGCGGAACCAAGGUCACCGAGCUUACACCACGAGCUGCUCUACGUCGAUGGGCUGCGUGUGCUGAUGAACCACCUGGUGAUCGUGCUGCACAGUAGUUUGACCGCUAGUGUCGUACCGGCAAGCAACUGGGCAGAGUUUGAGCGUUGGCUGAAUUUCUAUCCGGCCUUGGCAUACUUUAGCUCGAACGCAUUUCUCGUCCAGAUCUUCUUCACCAUCGGGGGCUAUCUGCUGAGCGUGAACUUUAUGCGUGAUAGUAGCACACGCCCGAUCGAUGCCCGGUACGUGGCGAGUAAGGUGCUAAACCGGCUGCUCCGUUUGCUGCCGGUGUACGCGUACUUUUUGUUGUUCUCCGUCAGCGUGAACGUACGAUUCGAUACGAACGUGAACGGUUUCCGGCUGUUUACGGCGGAGAAUGGGAUCUGCCGGCAGAACUGGUGGAGCAAUUUGCUGUUCGUCAACAAUCUGGCCUGGCCGGAGGAUCUCUGUCUCAUGCACACUUGGUAUCUGGCGACGGAUUUGCAGCUUUUCGUGCUGGCGCUCGCGGUGCUGCUGGCGGUGCAUCGUUGGCCCAAGAGCAGUGGCAUCCUAUUCACGGUGGCAACGAUCGUUUCACUGUGGAUGCCAGCGUAUAUUACGCACACCGAGCGGCUGCACCCGGUGUUACCGGCUAAGCUGGGUGAGUUGAAGCUGCUUACGAUGCACGAACCUUGGAUACGGAAGAUUUACAUGCCGAGCUACGCCAACACGGGCAGCUACUUGGCCGGUCUGAUUGCUGGUUACCUUCACGAUCGUGUCACCAAUCACAAGCUGCAGCUGAGUGCACUUCCGCUCUAUCGUGCCGUUGACCGAGCGAUAACACCGCUACUGAUCGCGAUCAUCGUUUCCUGCGGGAUUUGGUACAGGAUCGAGAUACCGAAACCAUCGCUCUGGGUUUCCCUGUACAGCACACUCUACCGCAAUGUGAUCGGAGUGUUUAUGGCCGUCUGGUUCCUGCGCUCGAUCAAUGCUCCCAAAGGAUGGUUCCGGCGUACGCUGUCCCUCAAACUGUUCACCACACUCGGCAAGCUGACCUACAGUGUGUACGUGCUGCAUGAUGUCGUGAUGCGCUUUAUGCUGCUGGUCGAGCAACUGGGUUCUUCGAUUAGCGUCGGAAAGUUUGUCAGAAUGGUCUAUCAAGCCAACAUUACUGCGUUCGUCUGUGGACUCUGUGUGUUUCUGCUCAUCGAACAACCGAUGAUUCAGCUGUUGAAACCCACCAUCGACCGCAUAUGCUGCAGGAGUAACGAGAAAAAGAAAAACUAACGAACUUUCGCUGAAAUCUAUUUCGGCACAUUUUAGUGUACGUGUAUGUGUCGGGGUUUUGUGGGCACCCCCACCGGGGGAUACAGUGAUAGAAGCUGAAAAUUAAUUAAAUUUACUACCACACAACGUCAGAGAAAUACUUGCCCGUUUUAUAGCUCGUGGCCUUAGACGUCGCUUUAGCCUACGGUUGACACUGACCAGGGCCGGGUACUUCUUGCGAUUCAACGUCAUCCGUAGCCCACUGUAAUCGUCACCGAGGGCGUUGGAUAACACAAAAAACAGUACCAUUGAACUUGGAAAUGUCUGCUCUGUUAAUGGACGACAUUACGGAGCCUGUUUGUCCGGAGCGCCGACAUAACCGUGCAGAUGCGUGCAAACUGCUUCAGUCUAGUGUUGGCAGUGAGACAGCGCGGUAAAGCACAGGUGCUCUAAUCUGGGUCGACAAAGUUAAAGUUGAAACCCAAGAUUCCUAGUGUUCCAGUGGGAAGAUAAAGAGAUAGGAUGGGAAAAUCCGUGCUGGUGAUCGUUGGUUCUGUGUCCGUGCUGUUGCUCCAGUUAAUGAUGAUCCCGAGGAUCAGAGGAGAGUUUAUCGAAAGUGAGUCGAUCGAUUGUACGGAUGUCUCCAUACCUUUCAAGUGUGAAUGCGUGAAUUAAAUGUUAAAAAUCUCACAAAAUUGUCA